CACACACACACACACACGCACGCGCGCGCGCACACACACACACACGCACACAGAGCGCGUUUAGUCAGUCGGUGAGUUUGUGCGAAUCAAACCCGGUUCAGAUUCUGUGGACAAACACGCGUUUAUUUGGAUUCUUCUGGAAAGUUCACCGGCUUUGUGGAUGAAAUGUUUUUGUCCGUGGCUUUGCUGAUUUUAAUUCAGAGUGCGCCCGUCGUCCCUGUCACCGUCACCAGCCGCAGUCCUGGAGUGGAAGUGCAUGAGUUCUCGGACGCUGAGCUCUCCUGUGAGUUCAGGACCGAAACCGACAAGAAUCCUCGCAUCGAGUGGAAGAAGAUCGACAAGGAUGUGUCCUUCGUUUAUUAUGACGGCAGUUUCGUAGGGUCGUUUCAAGGCCGCGCGGAGAUCAAGGGUGCGACGGUACGAUUGCGCAGAGUGACUCAGACCGACGCGGGCAAGUACCGCUGCGAGGUCAGCGCUCCGCAGGACACCGUCACGCUGGGAGAGACCAACGUCACGCUGACAGUGCUGGUGCCUCCGCACACGCCGUCAUGUGACGUGCCCAGCUCGGCUCUGACGGGCUCUCUGGUGCAGCUGCGCUGUAGGGACCGUCACAGUAUCCCAGCCGCCGUCUACACCUGGUACAAAGACAACAGCGCUCUGCCCAUCCUACAGGCCAAUGCCACAUACACCAUCAACGAGAAUACUGGCGUACUGACGUUCCAGAAGGUCAGCAGAGCCGAUACGGGUCAGUAUCACUGUGAGGCCAGAAACGGGGUGGGACCCGGAAAGAGCUGCUUGGGGACACGCAUGCAGAUCGAUGAUCUGAACGUGGCGGCGGUGGUCUCUGGAGUGGUUCUGCUGGCUCUGCUGCUGUUUCUCUGUGCGUUCGGAGGGUUUUACGCUCAUCGACACGGACUCUUCAGCCGACACAGAGGAAGGUCGUUCUGGAUCCCGCAAUGUCACGGCGCUGCUCACAUUAGCAGCCAGAACCUCCACAGAACCGAACACACUCAAAAUUCAGGCUACAGUCAUCCUCCCAAAGAACCUCAGGAUUUCAAGCACACUCAGUCGUUCAUGCUGUGACGGGAAAACCACAGACGGACGGAUGGACGAUGAUUGUUGUGACGCUGGAAGAAACAUGAAGACUCUCGCUGCAGCUGAACAAAUCUCUCCUGCAAUAAUGAUCCUCUGAUGGACUCAAGAAACCAAACCAAACCCAGCUGCUGCGAGAGCCGGUCUCCUGUGGGUUUCUGACCGAUGUUAAAAUGACCAGAGCGCCUCCUGCUGGCGGAGCAGUGACCCGAUGCCUAUAAACCAGUCUGAUUGAUGACCUUUGACACGCCGUGCCUUUAUUUCAACUCAAUCAUGUCUGUAUCUACGGAGUGUGGAAUGGGCUGAAUUAUUGUAUAUUUUAUGAGUAUUUCUGUUUUUUAAAAAAAAAUAAAAAUAUCUGCUUUCUUUGUCUGA